GGGGGGCGAGUGGGGGAUUAAGUUGAGCUGCCAUCUUGGUUCUGUGAGGUUGUGGUUUAAAGUCUCUCCCAUCAGAUUAUAUUUUAACCCCGUGUGUCUCUCACUCUUCCCACCCCCCCCCUCUGAUGGACUGAGAGCCUUUGCUAGGUGUACAAUAAACCACCUUAGAGCAAAUGGUUCAAUGGAUGCCUCGUCCAUUAUUACGCAAGUGUCUCGUGAUGAGGAACAGUUGAACUCCUUCCCCCCGCCGGAGAGAGGGAGUCAGAAUGGUAAGAAGCCCAAGAGAAGCAUUUUCCGCACCCUCUUCUGCUGUUGUGUGUCGGGGGAGAAUGACUCGGGCGGGGCAGCAAACGGGGUGUGUGUCUCGGAGGAUGUACCCCCAUACACCCACCUCCCACCCCCUACGGGACCCCAGCGACACCUUCUGCCCUCCGUCAGCCACCGAGACAUGCACAAGAAGUGUAUGGUUAUCGACUUGGAUGAGACCCUCGUUCACUCAUCCUUCAAGCCAAUUAGUAAUGCCGACUUCAUAGUUCCUGUUGAAAUAGACGGGACGAUUCACCAAGUGUAUGUUUUAAAACGACCUUUUGUGGAUGACUUUUUACAAAAGAUGGGAGAGCUGUAUGAGUGUGUCCUCUUCACAGCAAGUCUAGCCAAGUAUGCUGAUCCAGUGGCCAAUCUCCUGGACAAGUGGGGGGUGUUCCGAGCGCGGCUCUUCCGGGAGUCCUGCGUCUUCCACCGAGGCAAUUACGUCAAGGACCUAAGUCGUUUGGGUCGCGACCUUCAUAAAGUUGUAAUCAUGGAUAAUUCACCUGCGUCGUACAUCUUCCAUCCUGACAAUGCUGUUCCUGUAUCAUCGUGGUUUGAUGACAUGAGUGACUCAGAGCUCAUGGACCUCGUUCCCUUCCUGGAAACCUUGAGUAAGGUGGACAAUGUGUACAGUGUGCUGAGGAACUGCAACAAUCCUCUAAACUCUCAGACGCCUCCCCAACAGCAGCAACAGGGAAGCCAAGUUCUUCCACAAAUAACCCAGGGACCCAUGACGCAAGUCCAGCAGUCGCCGCCACCGCUAAUUUCACAGCAGCAGCAGCAGCCACACGAACCACAGCAGCAACAGCAGCCGUACCAGAAAGAUUACGAGGAGACCAAGGACGGGCCGUCAUGAGGGAGGGGAACACCCACGGGGCAGGACACGCUGGAGGAAACCGUCACGCCAGUAAAGUGAAUUCUCUCUACGCUCCUGCCGGCCCCCACCCUCCUGACCCCCUCGGCCACCUCCGCAACCACUGCCCACUUAUCCGUUUCCCCAGCCCCCCACCCUCCAGACUGGCCUCCUUCGAACUGGCCAGGGCACUCGGGGCUUGGGGACUCCACAGCGCAUCGGUUGCCGGGACUGAUCCAUAGCUGGCCUAGCCGCCACUCCUGUUGCGGUCAAAUACCCAAUCCUUGGGGAUGACCUACCGACGGGCGGUCAGAACGGCCAGUCGGGUCUGGAACUAGUCGGGGACGUAAGCGAACCGCAAGGACCGGAGUCCCCGGCGGGGCGACCUCAUAGGGCGAACCAGCGAUCAGGCAACGGCCGGCGGCACAGACAAUCCGCGUCCUCCACCAGAGCGUACCUAUCCACGACGGCCCUCCUAUUCUAUCGGACACGAGAAUUUGACGCGGCCAGUACGUGACCCCGAAGACUUCCUCGUGUUGCGUUGCUGUGCGUUGUGGCCAGCAGGAGUUUAUCAGACAAGUGCCAAGAUGAGACUCCCACUCGGUGUCAUCAUAUCAUGGAAUGCUGUAUAUUAUAGCAGUCAUAACCGUACUCUUAAACUGUAUGAUGUUAUGCAGCUGAAUAAUUUUAAUGAUUUUUACCUAAGACUUAGAGGCAUAGUUUGUGUGCUUUACUGAACAAAACAGAUUUUGUGUGCCAAUGCCGAGUUUUCCCAUGUUUUUAUUAUUAUUAUUAUUUCCAAUCACCAUUGUCGACGGUGGAUAUUCUACUGCCGAUUGUUUUGAUAUUCAUUCUAGGAUAUUCCCCCCCCCCCCAAGUAAUGCCUAACCUCCAUCCUUGCUUAGUUUGUCUGUUAUUCUGUUAGAGUAGCUGUCACACCGUUGAUGCUGGGGUAAGUAGGGUGAUUGGGGCUACUAAUGUUUUUAUUCUUUAUUUUUCUUUUAUUUAUUCUUUUUUUUUUUUUUUAAGUGGGACUGGGCGGGUAGCCUGUAUGGUUGGUUGGUUUGUUUGUUUGUUAAGAGAUAUUGCCACACCAGGAACUAGGCGGUGUCAUUGUUAAGGCAGACUCUGCUGUACCAGGAACUAGGUAGUGUCAUCGUUAAGACAGACACUGCCACACCAGGAACUAGGCAGUGUCAUCACAACCCUUACAAAACUAGGUGUGGAAGGCAGCAGGUCACGUGUACGUCAGCUUCCAAAACAAACGUCCAAUAGCUAACAUGGCCUUUUUUUAUUGAAUGACUGUCUCCUCCCGUUGUCCAUAAUCUUGUUAUAUAGGUAUAGCCAAAAAAUAUAUAUAUUAUUCUACAAUUUUUUAUUUUAUUUUUUAUUAAUUUUAUUAUAUAAAUAUAAAUAUAUAUAUAUAUGUGAGAACUAUCACUUGGGGCUCUGAAAUUUUCCAGUAUCUGUAUAGAGAAUUAUCGUUCAAGAUCUUUUUUCAAUUUUACGGUUUUUGUCGUGCCCUCCCGCGGACGUAGCAGUUAUAUCAUGUAACGUUAUAGCCCGUCGCACGUUAUCUCUACAGCGUGUAGUGUAGACGGUAGUGUUGCUAGAUUUUAUAAGUGUGGGAGAUGCAUUGGUGCUUUAAGUGUAACUGUGAUAGUGGGCAAAACCUGUGACUGGGAGGAGUGACUGUAGGAGGCUCACCCCGGGGUCUUCAACACCCUGGGGAUGGAAGGAAGACUCGGAGUGUCCCUUAGGGAGGUUUUUAAAGAUGUUGACGAAUCGAAACUGUCGCUCGUGUCGUUUUAAGUCGGAGUCGAAUAUUAUUGUGUCGCCGUUUGGUGUAUGUAGAAAUGUAGUGAAUGAUUGGAUGCUUUAAAAUUCUCAAUUGUUGUGUUUUAUGUCAAAGUUGAAUCUUAUUAAGGAUCUCACGGUCGAGAGGUAAAUGUGAAUGUUGCGGGUCAUAAUCUUUCAUUCCCUCCAUCGACGGUUGCGUGGCCGGUCUGAGCUUCCCGGCGAACCACAAACACAGGAGAGUGACAAGUGGCGGUGCCGUGCGCGACGUUUCCUAACCCAAGGCGAUGCGUCUCGAGUUCAGCUCGCAUAAAGCGAACACGAGGUAGACGGCUCAUUAAACCGAUACAAACGAGUCUGACGCUAUCCGGUAAUUAGUGCGAGUUACGAAGUUCCACAAAACUCAACUCUGUUCCUCUGAUCUUACCUCCCCUCAUCACGACGCGCACCGUGAUCUGCUGACCUCGUGCGAGUGUCCUGCCUGCCCUGACCCCAGAUAUUACAACAUAAUAAUCUCUGUCCAGACCAACAGCCCUAAACCCACGGUCAACACCUACCCCCCCCCUCGUUGCCUAAUUAUUGUCAAUUAUUCAACGACGCGCUAAACCUCUCUUAUUAGACGUAGCUCUGACUCUCGGCCGCGGCGUUGAGUCGCGGCGGUAGUGCAGUACAGUGCGGUAUAUAGCAAUCAUCAUCUGUACACAUUAAUAAUUAAUUGUUAGUUUGUUUAGUUAUGUUUAAUUACAAUACUUGGUAGAAUUUACACCUUUAUGUAAUGCUCAUACAAUUAUAUCUAGCUAUUAGGAGAAGUAAAGAUUUAUUUGUUUUAUAUCAAGAAAGUUGGAAGAUUAUUCAUGUACCAGAAAAGAAAGUUUGUUAAUUUACCUAAGUAUAUUGUAGGUGGUUUAUGUGUAGAGCAGUUUUAUACAUGGUAGGUGUUCUCCCGUGAUGGUCUGGGCUGAUGGGAGGAGGGAAUGUACGCGACGCUCUUGUGUACAUAGACUCAAGUACAGUACUCAGUUGCAGGCCUUACCGUGUACAUUAUCUGGCUGAGGUGUCUGCUCCCUAAAGUGUAGGAAUUCUUUGUUCUCAAUAUGUACAGUACAGUGGCCUUAUUAUUGUUAAUGUUAAACACUACACUAUGUUUUUUACUGAAAUGGAUUCUUUAGAGAUUAGAUUAUAUAUGAAUGAUAAUAAUAUCUUUAAUAAUAUGUGUGGGAAAUAGUGGAAGCGUGUGCUUCUCUGCGUAGCUCCUUUUAUGGCAGUUGAAAUGGCGGUAUGUAUUUUAUAUUAUUUGUUAGCUGUUGUAAAGGAGCACUUUUAUUAAAUGUGUUACAAAGCAUUUAUUGAGGAUAUAAGAGAUUGUAUUUGAAGUUUGGUUAAACAAUCAAAAUGUUUAAAGUUGACUGCAGAGUUUAAAACAACGUCUGCUUAAAGUGACGGUCAAAUUGAAAUUCGAGUUUUGGAACGGGGGCAGCGGGUGGUUACCUCUGGUGGUAUUUCCACGAGUCGCAUUUUCUGAGUAUAAUUUACAGAAAAUGGUUCCCAGAAAUCUCACACGGUUGUGCCGCGCCCGCCUUCACGUUCUUGGACGUAGUUUGCCGAGUGCGUGACUGUCCGGGCCGUCGCGUCUCGUGGCAUUUUGGGCAUUACGUUUUCUUAAUUCAUUAUUUUGAAAAUGUUACUCCGAAAUCUCACUCGGCGGUGCCGUCCCCGCCUUCACGUCCUCGGCCGUAGUCUGCCGAGCGCGUGACUGUUGUUAGAAGGUGUGACGACGUAAACUCAUCAAUACAUUGUACAGUAGCUUUAACCAUCAUCUGCAUGUCCUACCACCACCAUUACACAAGAAACAGUUUGUACGUGAUGUAUCUCAUUAGUGUAAAUUUUGUAUGAAUUCCAGUACGUGACAAGACUGUGAGUAAAACGCACGUAUCUCAAUACUGUUCCUGUAUUGUGUAAAAAGUGUCCGUAUAUCUGUGAGUUAUACUGUACCUCGGUUAUUUGAGUGUGGAUGAUCGGUGUCUUAUUUUGCCAUCACGAGAACUUGUUAACCGUGGCAGCAGCGACGACGUCUUCCUCGAGUCCUCGACGCGUACCGGACGCCCCUCGUUUCACAACUCGAAAUUGUCUAAGCUCAAGCCUCAACGCAAUCACCCGGGAUCAAAAUUAAAUCGCAGGGUGUUUCCCUUGUUUCUUGCCUUAUUGUAAUAACAAAUAACAACAACAAUGUCAUAUAGAAAGUACUUUGGUCACAAGAUGUUUUAUACUGAUGAAUUCUCUGACAAUUCACUGUACAAAGUGAUUUUUAAAAAUUUAAUAUUUCAUCUUCAGACACAAGUUUACAUGUAAAGGAAAUAAACUUGUUUAAUAUUAA